UGUUUGUUCAGUUUGAGUUUCAAGCUUUUAUUCUUGGACCCCUGUUUUCUUCUGUGACAUCUUUUUGUCCUGUAAUGCAGUUCUUCACGAGGUGUUGACAGGUUUCUAUUUUUCAAAAAUCUCCUUUCUUUAUCCUUUUUUUUUACUAUUCUUAUUAUCAACUUUGCUGUUUCUUUUUUUUUUAUAGUUUUCCUCGCUUGUUUACUCAGUUCAAUGUCUGUGCAACAUGGAAAGAUCCUCUAGAGCUUUAACACAGUUUUCCUUUCAAACCUUUACCUGUAAUUGUAUUUCGCCCCUUACUGUUUUCUCCAUCUGUUGGGCCUAUUGAGGGUAUCUCUCCAUUUGUUCGGUUCUUCUCAUUGAUCGGGAAAUGGGGAGAGCGACAAGAUGGCUGAGGGGCUUGUUAGGGUUGAAGAAAGAUAAGGACCAUAAAGACAAUUCCAACGCCGGCGACCGGAAAGAUAAGAGAAGGUGGAGUUUUGGGAAGUCAGGGAGGGAUGCGGUGUCUACGAGCCAGAUCCCAGCUAUUAUCCCGCCCAAUGUACCUUCGGUAGAUGCUGCCUGGCUGAGGUCUUAUUACAGCCAGACCGAGAAGGAGCAGAACAAGCACGCAAUUGCUGUGGCUGCGGCGACGGCUGCCGCAGCUGAUGCUGCCGUUGCUGCUGCGCAGGCGGCGGCGGCCGUUGUGAGGCUCACGAGCCAGGGAAGAGGGAUGACGUUUGGUGGAAGGCGGGAAAACUUGGCCGCUGCGAAGAUUCAGACUGUUUUCCGGGGGUAUUUGGCAAGAAAGGCUCUUCGAGCUUUAAAGGGUCUGGUUAAGUUACAGGCACUUGUUAGAGGUUACCUCGUUCGUAAGCAGGCUGCUGCGACUCUUCACAGUAUGCAAGCUCUUAUAAGAGCUCAGGCCACCGUCCGAUCCCAGAAAGCUCGUACUCUCCACAACAGAGAACACAUAUCUCAGCCAGAAACCCGACCACCGCGCAAAUCUAUUGAAAGAUUCGAUGAAACAAGAAGCGAGCACACUGCAUCUUUUCACAGUCGGAGGCUAUCGGCAUCUAUUGAUCCUGCCACCACCACCUUCGAAGAGAGCCCAAAGAUUGUCGAAAUCGAUACAGUAAGACCCAAGUCGAGAUUCCGUAGAACCAACACCUCGAUGUCGGAGUGCGGCGAAGACCCAACUUAUCAAACGGUCUCCUCUCCCCUUCCAUGCCAGAUUCCUGCUCGUCUCUCUAUACCGGAUUGCCGUAAUUUCCAGGACUUCGACUGGAGCUUCACCGGCGACGAAUGUAGGUUCUCCACCGCACAGAGCACCCCUCGGUUUGUAAAUUCCGGUGGGUCCAAUGCACCCGUUACUCCUGCUAAGAGCGUGUGCGGCGAUAGCUUCUUCCGGGGACACUCAAACUUCCCUAACUACAUGGCAGACACACAGUCGUUCAAGGCAAAGGUGAGGUCAUACAGUGCUCCAAAGCAAAGGCCAGAGCCGGGUCCCAGGAAGAGGCUUUCACUGAACGAAAUGGUGGAGUCAAGAGCUAGUCUGAGUGGAGUUCGAAUGCAGCGUUCCUGUUCUCAAGUCCAGGAAGCUUUCAAUUUUAAGAAUGCUGUAAUGGGCAGGUUAGAUAGAUCUGCCGAAUUUGUUAGGGAAACAGAGAGGGAUUACUACUUUCAAAGGAGAUGGUGAAGUGGGAGAUGAAAAGAUGAAGAUGAUAAUCUGUCCAUUUUUUCUUUUUUUUUCCCUUGUAUGUUCUAAACUCUUUUCUGUGUAACCUGUAUGAAAUAUGAAAUUAUGCGACUAUAACACAAAAAAAGUGUUUUGUAUAUUCACAAAUGAGAUCUGAUUUGAAUUUCUUUGUAUUUGAACAAUGAAGGCAAUUAUGAUGAUGACUUUAUUGUUUACA